CCGGGAGGGAGGGUUAUGUUCCUGGACUACACAGUAGUGAAGAAGACCUCUGGUGAGCUCUGUCAGGACCCUGUGUCUGAAGGAUGGGGAAGAAUUCUGAGCCCAAUCAUGGGGCCUCAACCUCAACCCCUGAUACAUGAGGAAAUCAAUACAGAGAAGAUCCUAGAACUCACCCACAAGAUAAUUGAGCUGCUGACUGGAGAGGUUCCUGUAAGGUUUCAGGAUUUCACCAUCUAUUUCUCUAUGGAAGAGUGGGAGUAUUUAGAAAGACACAAAGAUCUGUACAAGGACGUCAUGAUGGAGGAUCACCAGCUGCUUACAUCACCAGAUGACUGUACCAGAAUCUCAGAUGGGCAUGUGACAUCUUUAGAUUUUAAAACAGAGGAUUAUGCUAUUACACAAAAUACAAGUGAAGAGCAUGCCAUUAUCCCAGAUAUACCCUCAGGUCUUCUCAGCAAAGAUUCAUCAUGUGAUUCUUUUAAAUAUGUCCAAUCUUCUGAUUUAUCACAGACUGCAAAGGAACAGAAAAGCCACAAAAUGGGUGUUGAACAUCAAACAGAGGAGAAGCUGUUUUCAUGUUUGGAAUCUGGAAGAUGUUUUAAACAUAAAUCUGCUCUUGGUAUACAUCAGAGAAAUCACACAGGGGAGAAGCCAUAUUCAUGUCCAGAAUGUGGGAAAUGUUUUACAGAUAAGUCACAUCUUCUUAGACAUGAGAGUAGUCACACAGGGGAGAAGCCAUAUUCAUGUUCAGAGUGUGGGAAAUAUUUUAGCCAGAAAUCAGAUCUUGUUAGACAUCAAAUAACACACACAGGGAAAGAGCCAUUUUCAUGUUCAGAAUGUUUUACAGAAAAAUUAAAUCUUAGUAUACAUAAAAAAAUUCACACAGGGGAGAAGCUAUUUUUCUGCCCAGAAUGUGAGAAAUGCUUUACUCGUAAAGCAUAUCUUGAAAAGCAUUUAAAAAUUCACACAGGAGAGAAGCCAUAUUCAUGCUCAGAAUGUGGGAAAUGUUUUACAGAAAAGUCAAAUCUUGUUAUACAUAAAAGAAGUCACACAGGAGAGAAACCGUAUUUAUGUACAGAGUGUGGAAAAUAUUUUAUCCAGAAAUCUGAUCUUGUUAGACAUCAAGUAACUCACACGGGGAAGAAGCCUUUUUCGUGUUCAGAAUGUGGGAAAUGUUUUACUCAGAAGUCAACCCUUGUUUGUCAUCAAAGAACUCACAGAGGGGAGAAACAAUUUUCAUGUUCAGAAUGUGGAAAAUCUUUUACUUGUAAAUCAAAUCUUCUUAAUCAUCAUAAAAAUCAUACAGGGGAGAAACCAUAUUCAUGUUCAAAAUGUAAGAAAUGUUUUACAGAUAAGUCACAUCUUCUUAGACAUGAGAGGAGUCAUACAGGGGAGAAGCCAUAUUCAUGUUCAGAGUGUGGGAAAUAUUUUAGCCAGAAAUCAGAUCUUGUUAGACAUCAAAUAACACACACAGGGAAAAAGCCAUUUUCAUGUUCAGAAUGUGGAAAAUGUUUUACAAAAAAAUCUAAUCUUAUUACACAUCAGAGAAUUCACACAGGGGAGAAGCUAUUUUCCUGCCCUGAAUGUGAGAAAUGCUUUACUCAUAAAUCAUAUCUUAAAAAGCAUUUAAACAUUCACAUAGGAGAGAAGCCAUAUUCAUGCUCAGAAUGUGGGAAAUAUUUUACAGAUAAGUCGUAUCUUGUUAUACAUAAAAGAAGUCACACAGGAGAGAAACCAUUUUCUUGUCCAGAAUGUGGAAAGUGUUUUACAGAUAAAUCAAAUCUUGUUACACAUCAGAGAAUUCACACAGGGGAGAAACCAUAUUCAUGCUCGGAAUGUGGAAAGUGCUUUACAGAUAAAUCAUAUCUUGCUACACAUCAGAGAAUUCACACAGGGGAGAAGCCAUAUUUAUGCUCAGAAUGUGGGAAAUGUUUUACUGAUAAAUCAAAUCUUGUUAAACAUCAGAGGAGUCAUAAAGGGGAGAAACCUUUUUGAGGUAAUGUAUGUGGAAAAUGUUUUAACCAAAAGCCAGCUCUUAUUGCACAUCAAAGAUAAAAUGUCCAGAAGGAAGGAAAUGUUUCAGCGACAAAUCACAUUUUUAAAACUUAGGAAAGUCAUCAUUUUUUAGCUAUUUUUAUUGAAGAAUAAUACACAGAAAAAAUUUAAACAUAAAAUAAAGGUAAAUAUUAUUCAAGACAAAUGGAAGGCAAUUUACAGCACUACAUGAUGAUUAAGGCUACGUUGACAUCACCGUUAACCUGAUCUGGCAGGCUGCCCAGCCAGAAACAGAGUUCACCAGAUCUGGCAUUGCCCAAUGCUGUUGUUUACCGCCGACCCCUAUAAUGGCAUCUGGUGAGGAUCUGCUUUAGCCAUGGGUACCAUGUUUCAGGUGGACAAAAAACAUUUCAUGCAACAUUUUUUGCCGGCUGGAUCCCAUUAUAGUCUAUUGGAUUCGGAAGUGAGCAUCAGUAUCUGGAAACGCCGGAUCUUGAGAACUUCAGCAGGCUGUUCUCUGCUGGAUCACGUUACUGAUGAUGUAAACGUAGCCAAAGAAAUGUCUGCAUUUAUAACUAAACCUCUGUUAUCAAUAAAACUAAUAGACUCCAGAUAAUGCAGCUGUAGAUCCACCAUGUGCAUAGAAUAUUUUACAUUAAGAUCUCAAGACUUGUUACUCGUUAAUAA